GAGGAGGGGGGAGUCAGCGAGUGAAACUGGACUUUUUCUGCCGAUAUUAGCUAAACGGUAACUCUAGUCCCCGGACGUAAACCACAACACCGAUAAAAUAGGAUUUCUAAUGUUUAUAAAAAAAUAAUAAUAGACUUCAAGGGGUUUUAGUCGUUAGCUGUUCUGUUCAUAAGUUUCUUUCUCCCCCCUUUCCAAACUCCGAGGCUCCAUCUUGCCUUUUGAUUGACCGCUACAUUUUUUUUUUCUGGGUGCUGAAUUUUUCCCCCUGCUGGAAAGAAAUAAAGCAACAGUGGAAGGCUGGGAAAGAAAAGGGCAAGGCGGAAAAUAAAAAAAGCGACGAAGGAGAAAGUAUCAUAACAGGAGCUUCUCGGGAAAAGUGGGGGGACAGGUUGGAAAAAGAGCAAGAAGAAACUGAGCAAGUGGGGAACGAGACUUGCCAUAUAUUUUCUGGAGUCAGUUCAUUUUAUUGACAGCGAGCUUCAAAUUGAAAGGGGGAGCCACCAUGACAUCAGAAAUGCAGGAAAUCGCCAUCACAGAGGACAAGCCUUUACUCACGGGUCAGACUGAUGCUGCCAAGGAUGUUGCUGAACUGGCUGCAAGGAUACUCCUAGAUCAAGGACAGGAGCACAGCGUUGAGACCCCGCACGGCGUUCUACGCGUGACCCUCCACGGGACGCGGACCACCCGCCGGCCCGCCAUCCUGACCUGCCAUGACGUGGGUCUGGACAGUAAGAGCUGCUUCUCUCCUCUGUUUAAAUUCGAGGAGAUGCAGGAGAUCGUCAAGAGCUUCACCCUGAUUCACAUCGACGCUCCGGGCCAAGAGGAGGGGGCCUCCGCCUACCCUCCAGGCUACCAGUAUCCCUCCAUGGAGACCAUCGCUGAGAUGAUCCCUGCUGUGCUGCAGUUUUUCAACUUCCGUACCGUCAUUGGGGUGGGGGUGGGAGCGGGAGCGUACAUCCUCUCCAAGUUCACACUCGCUAAUCCAGAUUCAGUGGAGGGCCUGGUUCUGGUUAACAUCGACACCAACGCUAAAGGAUGGAUGGACUGGGCCGCUCACAAGCUCAGUUCUGUGACUUCCUCCCUCACAGAGCAGAUCUUAUGUCACCUUUUCAGUCAGGAGGAACUUUCAGCAAACACAGACUUGGUGCAGUCUCACAGAGAGCGGAUCUCCAAAGCGCCUAAUCUGGCCAACAUGGAGCUCUUCUGGAAGACGUACAACAGCCGCAGAGAUCUGAACCUGGACCGCAACUAUACCUUCAAGUGUCCAGUGAUGUUAGUAGUUGGGGAUCAAGCUCCGUAUGAAGAUGCUGCUGUGGAGUGCAACAGCAAGCUGGACCCCACAUCAACUUCCUUCCUGAAGAUGGCCGACGCAGGCGGCCUCCCUCAGCUCACUCAGCCUGCUAAACUCACCGAGGCUUUCAAAUAUUUCAUCCAAGGAAUGGGUUAUAUGGCUUCCUCUUGCAUGACCCGCCUGUCCCGCUCCCGCACCACCUCGCUCUCCUCCUCCUACUCCAUGGACGGGUCCCGCUCUCGCUCGCGCACCCUGUCCCAGGGCUCGCAGGGGGGCCAGAUGCCGCCCAGCCCCUCCCAAACCAUGGAGGUCUCCUGCUGAAGAAGACUCCGCCCCCUUCCACCACCUAACGACGGCAAAAGCGGAGAGCGACAAAGGAACGAAGGGAAAAAGGUGAAGCGUGAACGCAAAGAAAACGAGACGAACGAAUGGCUUUCUCCAUCAGUCAAAACAUGACUCCCAUCAUUCCCCCCCGCAAGAGCAGACAGAGAGAGAGAGAGAGGGCCUGUCCUCCAUGUUGGUCCAGCACAGUUGCAGUCUUUCAGCUAGAAGAGAUUAAAAAGAACCAGGAAGGAGGUGCAGAACGGGAAGCAGUCCUCUCUCCCUCUGUCAGCCUGUAGACCCCUUUAACCUAGAUCCAGAGUGUGGCAUGUAGAAGCUGCACUCAUCACUUUAACCCAUAGAAACACUUCAGGAAGCAGAAUUGAUGAUGAUGCUGAAGCUAAUGAUGAUGUAAUAGGAAACAAAACUGUAACACUUUUCUCUUUAUUACAUGAUUUUAAUAUAAUAUAGAAUAAAAAAAAACAUACUAUAGCAGAGAUACUUACUACAAUGUGUGUGUCCACUACUUUUACUGCUAGUUUCUAAUGUGUUUUUUUUUUCUUCCUGAUUUGCAACCUGUCUCAACUAAUGGCUGAAGCAGUCAGCAAGAGCCAUUCUAGCAACUACAUGUGCGUCUCAAAAAAAAGUUUAACAUAAUUUAAAAAAUUUAUUUAUUUCAGUUUUGUUCAAAAACUGAAACUCGUGUAUUAUAUACAUAAUGAGGCAUUAAAUUUCAGUGAUGUAUUUCAAGCCUUUAAUUCUGUUUGUAUUGAUGAUUGUGGCUUACAGUUGAUGAAAACACAAAAUUAUAUUUCUUAGAAAAUAAAAGCUUUACAUAAGACCAGUGAAAUAAAGAUUUUUUUUAAUAGAUCAGUGUUCUGUAUGUUGCGGUGUUUUAUAAAAUGAGCUUUUCUUUUAAAAUCCUCGCACACGUUUUUUCUUUCCACACAACGUUCCAUCAAUUUGCAUAGACACUGCACUUUAUUAUUAUUUUUAGGAAUUACCUCUUUAUGGAUAUCUCAGUGAAAAACUGGGCAACUAUCAUGUCAGCAACUGUCCACAUGAUUAGGUCUUUCAUCAUAUGGGUAAAAUACAAUCAUUCUGUACUAAAAAUGUAUUUUUAUUGAUCUUAUGUUCAAGUUUUCUGAGGAACAUAAUUUUGGGGUUUUCAUUAGCUGUAGGCCUUAAUCAACAGAAAUAAACAUGGAAAUAUAUUACUAUGUAUGUAACAAGUCUAUGACUAGUUUCAGUUUCUGAAUUGAAUAACUGAAAAAUUAAUUUUUAAUGGUUUCCAGAUUUUUUUUGAGAUGAACAUGCAUUUCCUCCUUGGUGUUGCCAGGUUUUAGUUUUUGUCUUCCACUCGUCCCGUCCUCAACGUUUUACUUUCUUUUAUUUUUUAUUGGAUGUAACAAGGUUGAAAGUUUUUUUUUUUAUAAUUAUUCUCUUGAAUCUGCAUGCUUGGUCUCACCCCACGUGAAUACUGACUGGAUAUUUUUCUUUCAUAUUCUGCUAAUAACGUGUGUUUGUUUGUGUCGUUUGGGGUUUCUAGCGACAGUCUGAAGGACGUUCCUGGGUGGGAUGUUGUCUGCUUCAGCAAAAGCUUUGGGCGCUGUCGUCAACUCGAGUCGCACAUUUCUAAACUAGUGCUUCCAACUUUUCUGGCCGCGUGUCGAACCACCCGUGACGUCUGCCGAGGCCAGAAGGGAUCACUGUGUUCACCGUGUGGGUUGUGGUUCUUUUUUUUUUUUUUUUUUUUGCGUUUCUUAUCUUCCGUUCCAGUUUUAUUCGGGAACUAGAGAUUUACGAAUUCCCAGUAGGAAAAAUCAGCUGGACCGCGCUCCGCAGUCGGAUUUCCCACGAGGAAACUGGAAGCAAAUCCGUCACGACUUGUAAGGCGGAUUCAAUAUGGCCGCUCCUCGAAUCAACAAUAGAAACGUUUGUUUCAGGAGACGCACAGGUAGGACUGCGUCUCAGCUUAGAGAUGCGUGUGCGACUCUAAACUGAACAAAUUAAAAAUGGUGUUUGAUUGUAGAGCGUAAAACUUAAAUUGAUGUUUGUAGCUAUUGCAAACAAUGUUUACGGGCGUCGCCAUAUUGAAAUUCCAUCUUCCAACCUCGAGCGCCGUUACCUCGGGUCUGACGUCAAGCCCCAGCACCGAGUUUCAACUUCGCAGGUAACCUGAACGCAGCAUAACCUUACCUGUACGUGGAUACCUCCAAAUAGACGCAACCGGCUUAGUUGAGGCGGAAUAAAAACACACUCCUCAGUAAUGGAAGCGCCUUUUACUUAAACUGGGCCGCUGCUUGUGUGUUUGCUUGUCGCGCGGAAGUAGAUAGAAAGCGUUUGUGUCCGGUUUGCUGAGUAGAAGGAAGAAAAUGGAAAACAAGAGGGUGCAGUUUUUUUCUUUUUCUCUUUUUUUUUAAACGGGGGAAAACCCCAUGUAAAACAGCCCCCCCACUGCCAACAAGCCAAAUAAAAACCGCCUGAACCUUGAACUGUCCUGUUACAGCUAGGAAGUAACAGCGUACUGCCAAAUUUCAGAGCCUCGUUUAUCUGGUGACUCAGAUCUCCCUCUAAACGUUAAUAUCUCAACACAAAGCUGUCCACUGCCCUGUGACAUGUUGCCAAUAGCCUGACUAUAUUUCUAAAAAUGAAAAAGAGCCUAUAUGUGAAUGCAGCCAUGGAUGUUUUCACAUUUUUAAACCAUUUACGAUUUGAAUGAGUCGGGUGGAAACGGCCUGUUUCUUGUUUGUGUGAUCCGGUUCUACUUAUCCAAAGCUUUUUAAAAAGAGGCCGAGCCGUGAUCGGUGAGCAUGACGGGGAAGACCGUGGAAAGCUUUAAGAUGGAGGUUACAAUGGCAGGAAGCGGAGACCAGAGAAAAAAAUGGAACAUGGAUUCAGGGUGUUGUUGGUUUUGAGGCGGGUUCUGAUUUCAGUCAGACACGGAGGAAAAAGUCCAGUGGUACUUCUUUCUAAAGAGUUGAGCAGGGAUGUGUGAAUGUAAAUGCUUGUCCAUGUUGUCUUCUGUCUGACUCUUAAUUUUUAUUUCAAUCUGUUUUUUCCUCUUCUACAUCUUUUUUUUAUCUGUGUGAAGUGUUAGUUUAUUGUCCCGAUGUGCUCACAAGUUAGUUAACCGUGUGCUAGUUCUUGUGUAACUUUUUUAGCAUUAGCGCUUAUAAGGGAGAGUAAUAUAAUUAAUAAUUAAAAGAUCAAAAGUGAAAAACAAAACAUUAAAUUGAAAUUUACUUGUGUGACUCAUUUCCCUGUGUAAUGCAAUGAACAUCCUUAAAAAGCAAACUUAAAUAUCAAUAAAAGCUUAAGAGGAA